AUGGCAAAGGAUAAAAACAAAAUAAAUUGUAUAGCAAUAUGGCCAGGGGGACAAAGUGAUGAAUUUUAUGAUAUAUCAAAUAUCCUUCAAUCUCACCUGACAAGUAGUCAUUCACUAACCAUUACAACUACUGCUGAGGAUGGAUUAUCCCGAGAUCCAGAUGAAGUAAUCAUUUGUUGCCAAGAAUGUGAAAUACCUGAGAUACAGUUAUUAGAUAUAUCUAUAUGUAGUUGGAAAGGUGCAACUCUAAAAGCGUCAGAGAUGCGGGCCUACCUCUUAAUGCUGGGAGAAAAAUGCAGACUAAAACAUCUGACUCUGGAGUGUGGGCAGGUGUCCACUGCAGUAGUGAUGAAAGCCGGGACAUUGGAAGUCACUGACUGUAAUAUUAUCAACAGCCAACGGAUGGAUUUGACGCAAGGCAUUGUCGCAAAAUCUGGGACGAAACUAACUUUAAAUAAUUGUGUGCUUGAGAAUUUCUUCUCUGGAAUUGUUGUACACAAAAAUUCAGAGAUUGAACUGAACAACUGUAUUAUUCGUAAUUGUGGUGUUGGUAUUCAAAUGUACCCGGAGUGUCAAGUCCAGUUGAAAGAUACAGUAAUAGAGAGCUGCAGAGAACAAUGCAUUCGCGGGGAGAGUUGCCCAAAGGAUAAAAAUAGUAUCAAAGGACUUCAAAUAGGAGAUAACUGUAAAAUAGGUUCAGGAGAUUUGAAGAAGGAAAUAUUAGUAGUAGAAGCACCUGAAAUUUGA